AUGGAGAUUUCGAAUAGAGAGAUCAAAGCCAUACUUGCUAAAAUUGUGAAUGCUAGCAGACAAGACUGGUCUAGGAAGCUUGAUGAUGCCUUAUGGGUGUACAGAGCAGAUUUCAAGACACCAAUUGGCAAAUCGCCAUACCAGUUGGUUUAUGGCAAGGCAUGUCAUUUACCAAUUGAAUUGGAGCAUAAGGCACUGUGGGCACUUAGGAGGUUGAAGUUGAACUGGAAUAAGGAAACACUGUUGAGAUUGGGACAGCUGAAUAAGAUAGAUGAGUUCCAUCUCGGUGCAUAUGAAAGAGCUGAUCUUUACAAGGAGAAGAUUAAGAAGUAUCAUGACCGGAAGAUUGCAAAGCGUGACUUUCACAAAGGCGAUUGGGUGCUUCUAUUCAACUCCAGACUGAAGCUAUUCCUAGGUACCAUGGCAUGA